AAACUUUUGCAGCUCCGUUUCUUAGUCCCACUCGCUGGAGUUUCUUUAGAUUCCGGCUAAGACAACCCGCCUUCCGCUACCUCCAUCAGAUUCCGGCUCUUUAACUUCCAAGUUUUUGAACGUAAUCAAUCCCCUGUAAAACAAGAUCCUAUACUUUUGGAGAUGGAUCGCCUCAUUCUCCUAGCGAACAUUGUAUUUGCUUGAGCCUGAGUUGUAGAGGCAAUGGGGCAUCUGUCAUCUCUGUUCAAUGGAUUGGCGAGAACUCUUUCCGUCAGAAGGGGGAAGAAUUGUAGGAUUGACGUCGGAAAGGAAGCCGCUGAAGCAAUGGCGAAAGAAGCAAUGAAGAACGACUUGAUAUUGCGUUCUCCAGGGAUUGUUAAUGCCGAUGGUUCAAACAAUUUUGCCUCUGUUUUCUCCAAGAGAGGAAAUAAAGGAGUGAACCAAGACUGUUUCAUUGUGUGGGAGGAAUUUGGAUGCCAAGCAGACAUGAUCUUUUGUGGGGUUUUUGAUGGGCACGGCCCAUGGGGUCACUAUGUAGCAAAAAAAGUCAGGGAAUCGAUGCCGUCAUCUCUACUUUGCAAUUGGCAGGAGAUCGUUGCUCUAACUUCCCUUGACCCUGAAUGUGACAUGGAAUCGGAUAAGAAGCUUAAUCGAUUUGAUAUUUGGAAGGAAUCCUACUUAAAAACUUGUGCAUCCAUUGACCAGGAGCUUGGGCAUCAUCGUAGGAUUGAUUCCUACAAUAGUGGUACGACUGCUUUGACAAUUGUAAGACAGGGUGAAGAAAUUGUUAUAUCAAAUGUUGGGGACUCUCGUGCUGUGUUGGCUACCACUUCUGAUGAUGGAAGCUUGGUACCAGUUCAACUUACCAUUGACUUCAAGCCAAAUUUACCUCAGGAGGCUGAGAGGAUAACACAAUGCCAAGGGCGGGUGUUCUGUUUAAAAGAUGAACCUGGGUUGCACAGGGUCUGGCUGCCAAAUGAGGAAACACCAGGUCUGGCAAUGUCUAGAGCCUUUGGAGACUAUUGUGUAAAGGACUACGGAGUUAUUUCUGUCCCUGAAGUCACACAAAGGAAUAUAACCAGCAGAGACCAAUUUGUUGUGCUGGCAACAGAUGGGGUGUGGGAUGUUAUCUCCAACCAGGAAGCAGUACAGAUUGUUUCAUCAACGCCAGAAAGAGCUAAAUCAGCGAAACGGCUUGUUGAAUGUGCAGUAAGUGCAUGGAAACGUAAGAGGCGUGGGAUUGCAAUGGAUGACAUUUCAGCAAUUUGUCUCUUUUUACACCCUUCCUCAUCCCAUCAGCUGGUCGAAUCCAUAUCGCGGCAGAAAACAGCUUGAAAAUGAGCAAGAAUACCAUGUUCUCUUUCAAGUGCGCCUUUCUCUCUGUUUCACCAGCUAGCCAGUGUGGAUACCUCUUUAACAGAGGUCAAGGGACGAACAAGUCCUUCGCAACAAAGCAAGAUGUGAAGAGCCUACUGGCCCAAACGUAAGAGAGGAAAAGAUUGUCUCUUACAAUCCCAAUCAGCCUUUUUUACUUUCAUUUGAUUGGGUCCACAGGCGAACCUCCGAGUGCUUUAUUGCCGAGGUUUGGACUAGCCAAGGACUUGAAAGCACAAGCUAGUUCAGGGUGAAACAAUGGAAAUGCAGUCUCAAAAUUAUUCCAAAUAAGCAAUAUUCGUCAGAACCUCAAGGUGCCCAGAGAGGCAUAACAACACAAGUAGUCAUCUCUAAAUUUCAGUAUGGACUGAUAUUGAAAGAUAUAUGCUUUUAUUUAUUACUAAAAUUAGUAUUCCUUAUGCAUGAUUAAGUGAGUCAGAAGAAUGACUGAUGAUUGAUCAUGUUGGUGAAAUCAUGGUAACUGAACUUUGUCACUCUUAACACUGUUGGGGCAAGCUAGAUUUCAUGGUAUACUAGUAGAGCAUACAUUAAUUAACUGAGGUUCAAACUUAAAAUUGCUCUAUGGUGAUGUUUCAGGGUGGAGUUGGAUGAAUGCAUCUAAUUUUUGAAGAGACCAUGCACUGUUAAGUUGGUUGUCACUUGUAUAUUGUUGAUUCUUAAUCUGGGUUGGGUUAGGUUUUUCUUUUAGCAUGCUUAUCUCUGUAUCGAUGAAACUCUGGUUUUCAAAUUGUAGUUUCUCAUGAAAGGAACGGGAGGGAAGUGGAAUUGGUU